CGCCAUUUUUCAUUUUUAUUUUUGUAAACAGUCUGACUUUCAAAAUAAAAUGGUUUGUUUGUGUACAUUUAUAGGCCUAUUGGUGUUUGUGUGAUACACAUUCAAUACAACUCCCCAGCCCCCUGUUUCCUUCAAACAGCCAAAAUGACGACGAAAAUGUUCAAUUUUUUGAAGGAAGAUACAAGGCUGUUUAAAUUCCAGAAUUGUAUCUACAAGAUAAAAGUGUUAUAUGAUGAUGAGAAAAAUUUGGCAGACAUUGUUCCUAAUUUUUCUCAGAAAGAUGCGAGUGAAGAUCUGGAGAAUGUAGUUAGGGCAGUGUUGUAUGUUUUAGAGAGAAAAGGCGAUUUUAAAAUGAUAGUCACAGAACGUUUUAUUGUCACGGUUAAAAUAAAACCGUGGAAAGCAUCACAAAAAAUCGGUUUUAAAAAAAAUGGCCAUGUCAUCAAAUCUUGUCCAUAUAUGAUAGUUCUAAAUGUAAGGUUAAAAUUUAACCAAAGCAGCACUAAAAAAUCGUACGAGCUUUCACCGACACCAUUAAGCAACGAAGCUCUACAAAGCUUAAAAAAGGAUGCCUUAAACUCAGACGUAAGAGUUAUGUUGAAUAAAUUGAAACUGCCGCUAAAACAAAAUCAAAAUAAAAAUGAUAAUAAUUCUACUACUAGUCAAAAACAUGAUAAACGGAAAUCUAAUCAACAUUGUCAACCAAGUAAAAAUGUUGAAGUUGGAAAUUCCAGUCCAAUAAGUGAAGAAUCAGAGGAGGAGUCUGUAACAUCAUCUGUUGAAAUGUCUGAUUGUCCAGCAGAAGGUCCUGUUAUCCAUAGAGGAAGACGAAAAAGAAAAUUACCAAGAUCACAAAGUUCAUCCCCUACUCCAGUUACCACAGUUCAAACUAGAAGAGGAAAGAUGAAGAAAGGUGUGAGUAAUGAAAAAGACUCGAUUGUUGUCCAAGUGUCAGUUCAUCAGAGUAUGGACAAUCACACUUCUGUGUCGUCAAGUUCUAAGAGUCAUCAGUCUGGUAUAGAUCAGACAAUGGAGAGACCUGUGAAACAGAAAACUGCUUUAGAUGAUAACAUAAGAAAAAAUAGAAAUCUAGUUCAAACUCUGGAUGAAAAUGAAGGUCCUCAUCUAAGAUCAUUUAAGAAAAGAAGCAGUAAAAAUAAAAGUAGCAACUCAGAAAAAAUGCUGUAUAAAAGUAGCAAUUGUGACUUAAACAUGGACUCUGUGAAGCGUAAACAACCAGAUAUAAAUGUUACACAACUCCAUCAUCAUCAGAAAGACAGACAUUUUAUCGAGAAAGAAGAAUUAGCAGAAGAUAUGAAAUUACAGCAACUCGCUAAAUCGUCUCCUAGUGAAAAGAAGGACCCGAAGCGAAGUAGUUCUGGUAUUUGGAACAUUGUUGAAACCAUCAUUACACCCGUCAAAAAUGUUUUCUCCAGGAAAUAGAAUAAUCGGCAGAAAUGACAUUAUUUGAAUUUUAUUUUCAUUUUUAGCUAAUAUCUAAUAUUUCACGGCUGAGUGCUGCUAAAAUGAACGAAAAUUCAUCAUUUAACAUUAGAUUAAGAAAACAAAAUCAAAGUAGCAAAGUCAGAUAAUCUAGCAACUUGGAUUCAAUCGGAUUUAAAGUAGCUAAGUCUCUAACUCAAUAUCAUCCAAAAUCUUCAACAUUGAAAACACAAUUUAUUUGUCAAAUUAAAUCAACAUUCAUGUUGUGAUCUUACUGGAAAAAGAUGGGCUUUUGAAAUCCAAUAUUUAAGACAAAAUAAAAAUUUUACCAUUGGUAUACGAAUCGUGUACCAUAAUGCGCUUCAGUCCCAGUUGUAUCAAGAGACUCGAGGGUAGAGGCUAGACACAUUGCACCAAAUCAAACGGCGUAUGUAGACAGGAAUAACCAGACGCUAGAAGUUUGCACUCGCUUGAGACUGCUGGCUUAUUUCGCCGAACAUAACUUAUUUGAAAUUGGAAACCAUUGAAUGUAAAUCAGUUUAUAUACAUUCAUACUACAUUAUUAUAUGUGUUGCGACCCACUUUUGUCAAUUUGUAGGUCCCAAAUGUUAGCGAUUUAGCUCCUUUAACUAUUUCAAUGAAAAUCCUUGGUGGUUCAGGUGUGUAUUGACUUGAAAUAUCCUAUACAUAACAUGUACAUGUAAUCUGCAGUGGAUCCCAAAUGUUGACAAAUUUUCAUUUCAUAACUUUAUCAAGUUUUGAACAGAGAUCAACCAUUUUUGGAUUGAUAUUCCUUUCCAACGAGUAAACAACACCUUAAAUGAUAAUCAGAGACGAUAUUGGAAAAUGAAUCAUUGAAGUUUAGAUAAUACUAAUCCCCAAGCAACUCACCUUGUUCAUAGACUCCCUGCUUGAAGACCUUCCUGCCACUGCGCUGCUAAAGACCCUUACGCACUAGCAAAUUGAACCAUGUUAUUUCUAAACUUACAUAGUUUGUGUCGAGAGGACCUUAAACCCCAUUUCUCUCUUUGUCUUCUUGGGAAUGGCGCUCUUUGAAAAAAGUCUAAGGCUUCACAAAUUCAAAUACAUUUGACAUGGUGAUAGUCCUGGGACAAUAGUGCAUGAUUUGACAGGCUUCGAUUUUCAAUAUGACUUCAAAAUUCCAAGGCGAUGGCGAUGACAUCAUUCGUGAUUCCUGGUCCAUAUAUAGUAUUAUCGUACUUGUUUUAAGAAGCCUGUUUUAUGUUUUUUAGAAAUUAAAUUUUUGUGUUAAAAGACUUUUACUUUUUUCAGUAAUGAGUGACUUUUAUUGACACUUUGUUUUAGUUUUACUUUCACUUUCCCCCAUUGAAAUUUAUCAAUUUCAGUGAUGAACUAUUGUAAUUAAAUUUUAUUGUAAUUUUUAUUGCAAGUUUUUUUUAUUUGUUAAAUUUUUAAACUGUAUAUAUGAAUGUAAUUAAUCUACCUGUAUGUAUGAGAAUUUCUAUUGUUGUAUGCAGGCCUGAUAGUAAUUAUUUUAGUUGUACAUGUAGUACACAUUGACAUGCACAUAAAAGAUCCCUUGACAGUUGGAAUUUGAUAUAAGAGUAGGCCGUAGUGCCACUGUCCGGCGUGGUUCCCCCUUUUCAGUGAUGCAGGAAGGAGGGCCUGACAAUGACAGCUGUCUAGUCGUUCGAAUGGGACGAAAACCCGAGGUCCCGUUUGCACAUUGGCGUGCACAUAAAAGAUUUUUUGACAGUUGGAAUUCUAUAUGCCGUAGUGCCGCUGUCCGCGCAAAAUUUCCCUCAUAGCAUACUGUAUGGCUUAUGCCCGUCUUCAUUAGUCCAGUUUGGAGCAAAACGGUAGGAUGUUAAACCCCAUUGCAUUUCCAGUUAUUGUACUUCUACGUGGGAGCCAUGGUGGCUUGUUGAGUAAGAUGUUCGCUCACUAAUCCUGGAAGUCCCAUGUUUGAUCCCUGCGUUGGUCAAGAAAGUUCAUCACGAUUUUCCGGGAUGGUUCCUGGUUGUUAGUAGUGCAGGACCGAGGGCCCGGAAAGGAACUAGGUAUUGUUGUUUGCAUGGGUAAGAAAAACUGAGGUCCCAUGUGCACAUUGGCGUGCACGUAGAAGAUCCCUUGGCAGUUGAAAUUUGAUAUACAUGUACAUGUAAGAGUAGGCCGUAAUGCCACUGUCCGUCAAAAUUUCCAUCAUACAUGUAGUACAGUGUAUGGUGUAUGCCCGUCUUCAUUAGCCCAGUUGGAGCAGAACAGUAGGAUGUUAAACGUCAUUUCAAUUUUGAAUUCUAUGUCGGACAAGUGUUACAUAAAUACAUUGAAAAUAAACAAAUCAAAUGUGGACAAAAUGAUAGGCGCCACAGGGAUUGUGCCUGACAUGACUUAAAUUUGUGUCUGUGAUAGCUAGGUUUUAUGCAGUUAGUUAUUGUUCAAGAAAUGAAAUGUGUCCUGAUGAAUUAUAUUUACGAUGGUUAAUUUCUUGAAUUAUUUAAGCUAAAACUUGCACAUUUUUCAGUUUUAAUUUAUUAUACAUCAUAUUGAUGUAUUACUGUGGUAUCAAAACAUGGUUAAAUCUAUUUGUUAAGGCCAGCUCAAUUUUUGUCAAGGUUGUUGAAAUGUAAAUAAGGUUAGGGCACGUGAUUGUUGGCGAGAUUGUAGGUUAGGGUUAGGGUAAGCAUUGGGGUUAGGUCCAGGGUUAGGGUAAGGGUUGGGAUUAGCGCUAGCCCUGUUUACAUCUCGUGACCUAUAACGAAAAAUUGGGCUGGCCUUAUCAUUUAGCACUAACCAACAAACCUGGUAUGUUUAUAUUUUAUCAUAAAAUUGACAUAAUCAUGGUGGUAAAACAAUGUUAUUCAUGCAGGAGUUUAUAUUCUUCCAUUUGCACAGAUACUUAUCUAGGCAAACACAAGGUAGCCUACAUGAUGACAAAAUUCUGAAACCAGUUACAUGUACAUGUAGGUAAAAAAUGUAUUCACCUUUCAAAAUAAACAGCUGCGUUUCUGAACUGUUAACCCAUUAGACUAAUGGUCUUUAUUUUCUUCCUACAUGUACCUAUUUAUUUUUUGUGCCUUUUCUUUCGGAACUUUAUUUCUAUGAAAUAAGGUAUAGAAAAAAAUGUGCAAGCUCGGAAAUGAGUUUAUAGAAAGAAAUGGUAAAGCUGGAAAAAAAACCCCAAAAACAUCAAGGAAAAAAAAUAGGUAUGUUUUGGAAGAAUAUAUAGCCCUGCCCCUCCCCCCCCCCCCCUGUCAAUCAUGUUUUUAUAGCCCUG